CCCAUGAGCCAUAUCGGCCCCAGUUGAUCAGCAAUGAGUCGAUAGCGUGACAUACAGGUUUACUACUCGCAGGAAAAAAUAAUCUAACAGCUGUUAAAAGCAAAUUUGAUAGUUGUUUGGUAUGAGUAUUACAGUGAGGUUUAGUGUUGUUACGUUUAUAGAACAGAAUACUACAGUAUUCGUGUUAGGUUCAAUCAGUGAACUUGGGCGCUGGAAGCAAACAGACAAGGUAAACUUGAAGCAAAGUCCCAUAACUUUCCGUCUUCAACCAGGACUUGAACCUUCAUUUUGGUAUCAAGAUGUCAAAAUAUCGUUUGGAGACAAGCAAAGUUUAAAUUUCGAGUACAAAUUUGCAAGAAAGCAAGAUGGCCAUGCAUUGGAGUGGGAAGGUGAAGGUCCAAGUCACAACCGCAAACACAUAUUGAGUUUGGAAGACCAGACGUCAAGUGAACUUCUUGUCAAUGGAAUCUAUUAUCUUCCUGUUGGGAUUUGGAUUGAGAAAGCUGGACAAGAGGAUGAAUUCCAGCAUACUAUUAGGUUUUUUAGCCAUGUCCAACGAGAGCAAAUUCUCCACACAAGUCAAAUCAUGGAUAAUAUUUGGUUGGGUUCGUGUCCACAAAAGCGCUUACACAUACUGGAACUGAAGACUCUUGGCAUAUCAGCUGUUAUCAACCUACAAAGCACGGAGGAUGUGCAAAGACUGUGCUCUAGAUUCUAUCCACAUUUAGAAGAUAUUCCUCGUGCUUUGAAGGUAGUGUACAAAGAGGAAGGUCUAGCUUACAUCUGGGUUCAUGUCAAGGAUCUUUGCUCUGAAGCACGGGUAGAAAUGUUACCACAAGUGGUCUACUUGUUGCAUGGGCUGUUGAAAGCAGGCCAUAAGGUAUAUGUGCAUUGUAAUGGCGGUGUUGGAAGAUCCGUUGCUGCUGUAGCAGGGUACCUCAUGUAUGUAUUGAAAUGGAGCCCAGCAAAGGUAGCAUUUCAUAUGUGUUCCAAGAGACCUGUAUCUUACAUCGAUGGAAGAGCACUAUCUAUAGCAGAAAAGGACUUCAAGCUAAAAUUUGGUGAAGUCUCAUAACUUUGAUAUCAUUAUGUUAAUUAGGUAAUAAUUACCCAGAGAAUAGGGCAACUAGAGGGGAUUUAAAACAACUAAUACUCCAUUUUACAGUUCAGUUGUUGUGACCAUGAAUGAUAGUUGCAAGUCGAGGCUGCAGUUUCCGCGCAUAGCAAACCUAUACUUUUUAUCAUGCGCAGAAACUCCAGCCUCGGCUUGGAACGGAACUGUAAAAUGGAGUAUUGCAUGGUCGACUUAUUCCAGGGACAGAUUUAGGGUUAGGGUUAGUUUGGUUAGAGUUAGUUUGCUAGGGUGUUAGUUUGCUUUAUCUAAAAAACAAAAUUUGUUUUAAGCUUAAGAGAGCCCUAGAUGUAAUAGAUUCAACAGUACAUUGUUUUUGCAUACUUUACCUUUCACUUUCAUCCCUUAUUGUAUUACUGUCACUUGGGUUUAAGCAUUAGAUAUGAAACAUGAGAGGUUCUUGCUAGUUAUGUCUUUCAGCAAAUGUUUACUUUCAGAGCUGCUUUAUAACAAAAAACUAAUAACUUUUGGCUAAAUUUUGCUGGUCAAAGUCUUGCCUUUGCUAUUAUAAUAUUGUUUAAUUAUAAACUUCGCCUUAACACAAUUAGAAAGAGCAAAUCCACAAAAAAUGCUUUCCCAAAAACAUUAAAAAGAAUAACGAGAACUUAUCAAAAGUAAUACAGUGCUUUCAGGAAUACCAAAAUUAAGAAACUGUAAAGUAAAGCAGUACAAACUGCAAGGAAUAUAUGUAAGAAAGAUAUAUCAUAACAUCUAAAGUCAAUCCAUUGUAAAGGUAGAGUGUAUGCCCUAAUCUGUAAAACAAAGCCAAACUAUGAUGCAGAUGUCUGAUUGCAGCUAUUUUAUAUGAAUAGUGGAUAUCACUGCAGCAGAAUUUUGGAAACCAAAGUAAAGACUCCUAAAUGUUUUUGCUUGGUUCAUGCCUAAGUUAAUUUAACAAUGUAGUUGAUAACUAAAUGCAUAGYGUUUCAUAGCUAGUAAUUGUUUUACAGAUAUAUGGCAUGCAUCCUAUAUGUUAGUCUUCUUAAACAUUAGUCUUUAAUCAUAGAUCAUAGAAUAGAGAUAGGCUAAUGAACAAUUAGAUCUACAGCCCAAAUGGUUCCGAGUCCAUGCCUAUGGGGCUGAAGGUUGAAUUGGCUAUUGACUGUAGACGAGGAUAUAAACUUACUAAUCAGUCAAAAUGGAUAAAACUAGAGAAAACUAGAGAACCUGAGAAAAAACCCCAAGGUAUUAGUAACCCAUGCCACCUGUGCUUCCCAGUAGACCAUUAGUAGCUCAGCUAAUCAGAGCACAACAUUUCUGAUAGACCACUAGUAGCUCAGCCAAUCAGAGCACAGCAUUUCUGAUAGA